UCUGGGUGGUGAAGACAAAAUGAUUACUAUCAGCAAUCAGGAAGGGGAUACUAUAAGACAGACCUCAGUGAGCUCAGAUCCCAGUGAUUUACAGUUCUCAGUUAUGAAGACUGAUGGAAGAGUAUCAACCAAGGAAAGCACAGUAAGUGUAGUGGUUGGCAAGAAGACUCUCUUUCUUUUUGAUUUGAAUGAUCCUGAUAACCCAAUUGAUGUGACAUUUCAGCAGAUUUAUGGCAAUAUUGUAACCUACAGAUGGUAUGGUGAUGGCUACAUUAUGAUUGGUUUCUCACGCGGGUGUUUUGUAGUGAUUUCUACACACAGGAGUGAGAUAGGUCAAGAAAUCUUUCAAGCUCAUAAUCAUAAGAAUAAUCUAAGCAGCAUUGCUAUAUCACAGUCAUUAAACAAAGCUGCAUCAUGUGGAGACAAUUGCAUUAAAAUCCAUGAGUUGUCAGACUUGCAAGAAAUGUAUGCCAUAAUACACUUGGAUGAUGAAAGCAAAGGUAUGCUAACAAUUUCUUGGACAGAUGAUGGGCAGUUGUUGGCAGUGUCUACACGAAGAGGAUCCCUCCACGUUUUCUUGACAAAGCUCCCAAUCCUUGGAGAUACUUGCAGUACACGGAUUGCAUGCCUCACCUCUCUUCUGGAAGUUACUGUAGCAAAUCAUGUGGAGAGAGAGCUGCCAGUCAGAGUCUCUGUUGAAGUAGAGCCGAGUUUUGUUGCUAUUGGUGUUUAUCAUUUGGCUGUAGGAAUGAACAAUCGAGCUUGGUUUUAUGCACUUGGAGAGAAUAAUGUAAAAAAGCUUAAAGAUAUGGAGUACCUGGGCACAGUAGCAAGUAUGCACCUUAAUUCCGACUAUGCUGCUGCCCUCUUUGAGGGUAAAGUCCAGUUGCACAUGAUAGAAAGUGAAGGUUUGGAUGCUCAGGAAGAACGAGAAACUAGACUCUUCCCAUCAGAUGAUGAUAAAUACCGAAUUUUGUGCCAUGCUUUAACAAGUGACUUCCUCAUAUAUGGUACAGAUAUUGGAGUUAUUCAUUAUUUCUACAUUGAGGACUGGCAGUAUGUGAAUGAGUAUCGGCAUCCUGUCAGUGUGAGAAAAAUUUUUCCAGACCCCAAUGGAACCAGAUUGGCUUUCAUAGAUGACAAAAGUGAUGGCUUUGUCUAUUGUCCAAUAAAUGAUAAAUUGUAUGAGAUUCCAAACUUCUCACCAACUAUUAAAGGUAUCCUGUGGGAAAACUGGCCAAUGGAUAAAGGUGUUUUUGUUGCUUUUGAUGACGAUAAAGUGUACACUUAUGUUUUUCAUAACAAUACCAUUCAAGGAUCAAAGAUUAUUCUGGCAGGUGGUACGGAAGUCCCCUUUUCCCAUAAACCUUUGUUGUUAUAUAAUGGAGAAUUAACUUGUCAGACUCAGAGUGGGAAAACAAAUAAUAUCCAUCUAAGCACUCACCAUUUCCUUGGCAAUUUGAAAGACUUUGGACCUAAUGAGCUGGCACAAAUGCUUACUCAGACUUUAAUGUUGAAAAGGUUUUCUGAAGCAUGGGAGGUGUGCAGACUUCUGAACAGCCAGUCUGGUUGGAAUGAGCUGGCCAAAGCUUCCUUACAUCAUAUGGAGGUGGAUUUUGCCAUACGUGUUUAUCGGACAAUUGGGAAUGCUGGGAUGGUGACAUCACUAGAGCAAAUAAAGGGAAUAGAAGACCACAACCUUUUAGCAGGACAUCUUGCUAUGUUUACUAAUGAUUUUAAUCUGGCUCAGGAUUUAUAUCUGGCAUCCUCCUGUCCUGUUGCUGCACUUGAGAUGCGCAAAGACUUGCAGCACUGGGACAGUGCACUUCAGAUGGCAAAGCGUUUGGCCCCAGACCAGAUCCCUUUCAUAUCAAAGGAAUAUGCAAUGCAGCUUGAAUUCCUGGGUGAUUAUGUUAACGCUCUGGCACAUUAUGAGAAAGGAAUCACUGGAAACAAUGAGGAACAUGAUGAAGUUUGCCUUGCUGGAGUGGCUCGGAUGGCCAUUCGAAUGGGAGAUAUCCAUCGAGGGGUGAACCAGGCCAUUAAACAUCCCAGCAGAUUACUAAAAAGAGACUGUGGAGAUAUUUUGGAGACUAUGAAGCAAUUUCCAGAAGCUGCUCAGCUCUUUGAAAAUGGACAAUAUUAUGACAAGGCAGCAUCAGUAUACAUCCGAUGUAAAAACUGGGCAAAAGUUGGUGAACUUCUUACUCAUGUUUCAUCUCCAAAGAUUCACCUACAAUAUGCAAAAGCCAAAGAAGCAGAUGGCAGUUACAAGGAAGCUGUGAUAGCUUAUGAGCAAGCCAAACAAUGGGACAGUGUAAUUCGACUAUAUUUGGAUCACUUGAAUAAUCCUGAAAAGGCUGUUAAUGUUGUGAAAGAAACACAGUCUCUUGAUGGAGCAAAGAUGGUGGCCAGGUUCUUUCUGGAACUUGGUGACUAUGGCUCUGCCAUCCAGUUCCUGGUCAUGUCCAAGUGCAAUAAUGAAGCUUUCACAUUAGCACAACAGCACAACAAGAUGGAGAUUUAUGCUGAUAUCAUCAGUUCUGAAAGUACUACCAAUGAAGACUAUCAGAGCAUUGCACUGUAUUUUGAAGGUGAAAAGAAACAUUUUCAGGCUGGGAAAUUUUUCUUGCUCUGUGGUCAAUAUGGACGGGCAUUAAAGCACUUUAUGAAAAGUCCAGGCACGGAAGACAGCUUGGCUAUAGAAAUGGCAAUUGAAACAGUGGGACGGGCAAAAGAUGAAGCCCUAACAAAUCAGCUGAUAGACUAUCUUAUGGGAGAGAGUGAUGGCAUGCCCAAGGAUGCCAGGUACCUGUUCCGCCUGUACAUGGCCCUGAAGCAAUACAGAGAGGCUGCCAGGACUGCUGUGAUCAUUGCCAGGGAGGAGCAGCGCUCAGGAAAUUACCGAAAUGCACAUGAUGUUCUCUUCAGUAUGUAUUCAGAGUUAAAGGCACAGAAGAUAAAAAUUCCUUCAGAGAUGGCUACAAACCUUAUGAUUCUACACAGCUACAUUUUAGUGAAGACUCACGUGAAACGCGGAGACCACGUGAAGGGAGCACGGAUGCUCAUACGUGUAGCCAACAACAUCAGCAAAUUCCCAUCACACAUUGUGCCAAUUUUGACUUCAGCUGUAAUUGAGUGUCACAGAGCAGGACUGAAGAACUCAGCUUUCAGUUUUGCUGCUAUGUUGAUGAGACCUGAGUAUCGUAAUAAAAUAGAUCUUAAAUACAAGAAGAAAAUUGAAGCAAUGGUCAGACGUCCAGACACAACGGAGGCAGAGGAGCCAACAACAGCCUGUCCUUACUGUGCAUUCCAGCUCCCAGAGUGUGAACUUCUCUGUCCCAGCUGUAAAAACAAUCUCCCCUAUUGCAUUGCCACGGGUCGGCAUAUGGUUCAAGAUGACUGGACAGUCUGCCCACACUGUGACUUUCCUGCCCUCUAUUCAGAGUUCAAGAACAUAUUACAGACAGAAAACAUAUGUCCAAUGUGUUCUGAAAGGAUCAACAUUGUUCAGCUUAAAAAAAUAAAUGAUUGCACAGAAUACCUCAAACCAGAAGUUGGGGACCAAUAAGUUCAGAACUGCAUGUGUGGUCUGGGAAGCAGCAAAAAAAGCAUUCGCAUUACUCAUCUUUUCUCCACUAGGAUUUACCAACAACCACA